CUUGUUGCUGAGAGAGAAGUCGCUCGUAUGAGGUUUAUGUCUUAAACUACAUAACUAAAACAUUCCUUCCAGAAAAUCGCUUCCAGAAUGAAUCAGAUGGAACAUAACUACAAGAUCAAAGACUACAAGCGUUAUGAAGCUCCAGGGCCGUUCAUUCGAACCGGCUAUCGCCUGAACUAUCCGCAAAACUACCCAAACUCACAAGAAACGCGGAGAAUGGAAGAACGAUUCCAAACAAUACAAUGGCCUCGAAACAAGACGCUCGUCGGUUUGACCGACCAAGGAGAUAGAAUGAAGUUCACAAGAGAUCAACAGAUAAGCGUAUUGACAAAUCAAAGCGAAAUGAUUGCUGAUGUGCAACAUCAAAGACAGGUUCUUCUCGAUACAGUCAAACGAAACAUUCAUGUUGCUAGGGACGAAUUUGCUCGGGAUGUUUACGUUGGCAGACCCGGUGUUCGCGAUAUGUUACGAGGCACUCAGCCGCUCUACAAGGUGAUCAACAAUGGGACACUCUAUGGUUAAGGAUUUAUUUGUGAAUUUUAUGCUUUAUUCUUGAUUUUUGCCUUUUUAUGGCAUUUUUUCUUUAUAUUUAAGUAUCGCAUCGAACAAUGCGAAUUAUGCUUUAUUCUUAAUUUUUGACAUCUUAUGGCAUUUUUUCUUUUAUAUUUAAGUAUCGCAUCGAACAAUGCGAAUUUUUAAGAAUUUUUACAGUUUGUCUAUUAUUUGUUUCGGUGAGGAUACAUGGGGUAAACUCGUUCUGUUGUUUUAAACGCCUUUUUGAUAUACGAUGAAAAUGUAGAAAGCUAGUUUAGAUAUCAACUUUUAAGCUUGAAUUAAAAUUCUGAAUAUUUGAACUCGUUAUAUCCAUGAGAUAUUAUUGACUGAAAAUAUUGGGUGGAUAAUGAUACUUUAUUACAAUUUUGGUGGCAUUUUGUAUUUUUUCUUCCACGAAAUCAGCCGUUAGAUUUUUAUGUGUUAAAGAUAUAGUUUUAUUUUGCCUCAGUUUCCAUUUCAGUGAGAAGGUUUUUCCCACUUACCAAGGAAUUAUUUUGUAUCUUUAAUCUACCACAUACAUGCAACUGUGGUUGGUGUGGUGAACAUUAAAGCAAGAUUUUUCACCUUAUAAUUAUCAUCGAUAUGGUGUUGCCCAUAAUGUACUUAAGUUGCAAACCAGUAGUGGCCAAAUCAUCCCUCCAAGGGAUGACUCACCUGAAGCAAGCAUCCCAUUUA